AUGGCCCCAGAAUUGGAUAAAUCAAAUGGAACUGAACUGGUUAAAUAUACAAACACAUCACUACACGACAGCAUUAAAAAUAUACUAGGUGCCAUCCCUAAGAAGGUGUCGAGUAGUAUAUCGCGUAAUACUGAGUCUAAUGUCUCGAUCGGAUAUAUAAGUAGUAUUCGCGAGAAGUUUGAAAAGUUGUCCCAAAAUAGCAAAACUGGGAAAUAAAACAUCAAAAUAUUAUCCAAUUAAAUGUUAUUUAAUAUAUUAUUAAUUU